AUGGAAGCCUCCCUUUCGGCUAGCACUUUUCAAAAAGCUGUCACAGAAGAACACUCGCGCAGUGAAAUGAAGGACCGGGAAGAAAAAGGUGUGUCGUUCUCUGUGGUAGAGAAGGAUUCUCAUUCGGCUGGAUCGGAAGCCUUGAAGCUGCCUGUAGUGUCUGACCCAUCUGUCCUGCAGAAGACCAACACUGAUUGCACCACUGGCAUUCACGUGCCAUCCAACGAGAUGUCUUCUCGGUCGUCGUCCUCUGGAGGGAUUCCCGCUGUUUCAGGGAACAAUCAGGAGCACAAUGGCACUCCCUCGUCCUCCACAAAUACAUGUAGCAACAAAAUUCUCUCCACAGCUGGACAAUACGACACGAAGGGCAUCGUUCCGCCGCUGAUUACACAAGAUCCAGAAACCGAGGAGAAUGGUACUUCUGAUAUCUUGAGUGCAUCUAUUCAAAAGCGAGUAGUAAGUAACACCAGCGACCGCAAAACAAUUGAGGCGCACAAGGAGUCUCGAAACGACCUUCAAAAAGCCACGCCACCCGCCGUCAACAACGUCCAAGACCCUGUUGGGACUGAGACAACCACUGGUAUUUCAAGUAUUGACAACAUGAACGAGAGUGUAAUCGUGUGUCAAGACGCAGAACUCAGGUCGGAGCUCAAAACAACAAACUCGACAGAGAGCCACAAAUGCGAAUUUGUGGGGGCAUCAGACGCAUUGGAUUCGCAACGAACAUCUUCACCACCAGCCACGACAGAGAAAUCAACAAUUGAUGAAGCACAGCCGAAAAUGAUGAAGCAAGGAACACCAAGCUCGUCUCCACGCCAGGACAAUCCCAAAUCCAAGCACAAUCUCGUCAGUAGCAAAGGUACUUCAUCAUCGAUGCAUAACCCCAGUGUUGUUCUCUUGAAACAACACACUCUGCCAGAAAGUUCGCAGACAGCACCCUCUGCAUCAUCAUUUCUCCCCACUAGAAGAAGCAGUACGAUGGGGGCGAUACCAGAAGAAGGGAACAUGGAAAUAAACAUUCAGAAGAAGUCGGUGUCAGCAAACAAAGAAGCAGAUGACAUUCUUGCUAGUCUGACUUCUUUGUCACAGUCCCUUACUCGAAGCACGAGUGAAGGCGCGCUCGGAGCAGGGGCUGAUGGCAGGCCCAACACGUUUCAAAGCCACAGCACCAUUGCUUCGAACAAGAGCUUUUUUGGGAACUAUCCUUCAUUCCCUCUGUCCAGCUCUCACAAAAGUGCCAGUACCAUCCUCACCGGUUCAUCAACCGCUUUUGUGCAACCGGGAAGUGGAGUGGACUUCGGCCGCGUGAGCCAGACUGCAGGACUGGGAUCUUCUGCGUAUGCCGCUUUGGCGAAUGCCGUACGAAAGAAUGAAUUUUCUGGGAAAAAUAUGUCCUCCGCUCAAAUGUUAAGUGGCCAUGUACUCCAGAUUGAGGAAGGCUACAAUACCUACAACGCCACAACAGAGUAUAGCAGCAGUUUUGGAAAGAAAACAGGUAUUGCACAAGAGAGAAAAUGGGCAGCUAGUGCCAACGAUGAGUACCACCGGACUGGCGGCGACGAGAACUACGGAAACACACACAGAAUUCACGCAGACGACCAGGUGCUGAUGUUGCCUCUCGAAAGCAUCAAAUCCGGUGGGUGCGCCGCGGCGAACUUCAUGAACACUGCAGAUGGAGUUGCUAGAGCUAUUAACGAGAACGGAGCCUUCCAAACUCACGUAGGAAUGUCCGGGGUAGCUUUUCAGACUGGAAGUACAGCUGCCGCCGCGGCUGCUGUGCUCGCUCAGCAAGAGAGUCGUCCUCUUCUUCUUACACGUUUCGAAAUGCUCGAGGCUUACGCCAAAGGGCGCCUGUGUCUGAGCUGCGAUUCAAAGAGCCACCGAAUGCCGAGUUGCCCAUUUGGCGAGUUCGUCUGUCCCAACUGCCACCGAUCCUCGCACAGGGGUGAAGAGUGUCCACUCCGCUGCCGCUUUUGUCAGCAGUUGCACGUCGGCAUUUCCGUCACGGUCUGCAUUAAGCGCUUUCGGGGACCUCUAGAAGCCCUUUUAGGCAUAUCGUUACCACUUCGAGACCUGCAGCCGGCGUCAUUACUAUCGAUGGGUACCCCAGCGUCGCCUCUUGGACAAGCGGCGCUCACUCGCCCAAACAGCGCUUUCGGGAGAAGUGUUUACGUGUCGAAUUUGCCGCCCAACACGACCCAGGAGACUCUUGCAGCAGCCGUUGAUGCUCUCUUGACCAAGGGUAGAAUCAUGCAGGUGGAUCUCCAUGAGAAGCACGCAUUUGUGCAACUGAGCACCCUAGAAGCUGCGUUCGAACUGGUCGACAAGCGCCGUCAACUUCAGAUUCGAGGAGUGACUUUGAAGGUACAGUUCAAGAAAACGGGUGUCUUCAAUAAUGCGAUGCCCCACGGUUCGGCGACUGUCCCCUGCGCACUUCCUGGUGGAACGAACACCGGCACGACCCCCAUUGCUUCCGCAUUCUCGCCAAACACAGCUUACAACAACGGAAACCAGAGCGGAACGUCAGCCGUAACGCCCCUAUCUGCUGCGUCGUCCCCCACGGGCGCAUUCGGAGCUGGAGCCUCUCCAACCUUUUCGCCCUCACUCAACUCUCUUUUAAUUUUCCUUGGGCCUCCUGCAUCCCCUUCUGUUUCAGAAAUAUGCGCCCAGGUCGCAGCAAAGCUGAAAGAGGAUCUCCACAUGGGUCUGGUGACGGCCCAGCAGCAAUCUCCAAGCGUCUCCGGAGGCGCAAGUCGGACAACGCCUCCGAUGCGUCUCGCUCAGUGCUCAGCCUCGCAGAAAUUUCACGAACUUCAGCAGUUAUCUGGAAUCGUGUCUGUUCCGCUCGAUGCCCCCUCCCCGCAGUCCACCACGGUGGCGGCGCUGUUCUCUGCAGCGGCGGCGGCGGCAGCGAACUGCCAAGCAUCUGCAGAGGGAGGCAGCGCUUCGGCUUUUUCGUCUACCGUUCUGCAAAGACUGGCACCCGCUAAAAACGCUCUUUACAAUCCCCCCAGUUCUACCCAGAAUUCCGCACUGGUGUCUGCGGCAGCUCAGUAUGUGGCAAACUCUCUGUUGGGUCCUUCAUCAUGCGGGUCCAAUGACGUGACACGAGCAGGCAUCCAAAGUGGCCACUCCACCUCAACGAAAACCGGUUCAUGCACGUUUGAGAGUCACGCUCAACCGUCUUCGUCCAUUCAGGACGCCCAUCCCGACGCACAUUCAUCUCUCGCUGGUGAAAAGGAGUUACUUUUGCAGUUGCUUCAACAUGAGCAGGAGAAAAGCCAGCAUCGCAGGAAGUCCAACGUUGAAAAAAGCCAAAACUCUCUGCAACAACCGGCUCUCUUGACGGAGACCCUCAUGCGAGCAGCCGCAGCGGCUGCAGGUGCCAAUCCUGUCAGUCUUUUUCACGGAGGAGGAGACGGCGUGGAGGGGACGGGAACAAGAGGAGGAACGUACGCUCGCAGGCAGGUGCAGCUCCAGUUGCAGCAACUUGAAGAGUUGCAGAAACACCAGGUUGGGAGUGGGAGCCAACAGAGACAUCAAACGCAGGUAUCUGGAGCUCUGGAUCAGCAAUUGUGUCUUCAGUGGAAGAAACAAAAGCAAAACAGUGGGGUUACGCAGGGUGUUUGCUCAGAGACCAGAAGUGGCCAGCACCUGGCAAACACGCAAGGCGAAGAACAAGGACCAAAUGAGAACAUGACCUUUUCCCAAGACGGGAUCCCCUCGCCAUCUUCUGGUCUUAACCUAGCUGCCGAUAACGUCUACAAUCACUCGAAGACUUUGUCCUCUCGUGCUGUCGCCCUGAAAGCCUUGCAAGGCUACGCGAGUAUAGACGGAUCUGGAAGCGCCGGCACAGUGCUGAAGAACGGAGGAGGAAAGAACGGGAUACAGAUGACACCGUUUUCUCGCAGUAACGCGGAGAGCAAUGCAAUGAAAAUGCUCUGCACAAACGGCCGAAAAAUGUCGAACUUUUCCGCGCAGAAUGUGGUGAACUCCACUUGUGCGAGCCUGCAGCAUCCGGCUUCCUGGGGCCGAAUCCCGACAGGCAUUGCCGCAACUUCUGGAAGCGCUCAAGAAACAGUUCUCUCGAUGGAUCCAGAAGAGGAAGACCAGCACUUUGCCUCUGCUAGCCUAGAGGAAAAUGGCAUGGGAAAAGCGAAUUUCCUCUUUGAGGUGCAGCAGCAAAAACAGCAAAAGAAUGGGGGAGGCUGCUCCGGCUUCUUCCCUUCUCUCCUUUCAACAGAGAGUACGACCAUGUGCUCUCAAGAAGCGGCCAUGAUGGCGACCAAAAAUCCCAGCAACCGCAUGCAGUUUCAAACAGGUACUUUCCAUCAUCACAGCCUCGGAGUUCAACCCAACUACCCAGAGGACUCGGAUGCGUCUUUGCCGUACCCGCACGCUGGCGCACACAGGAACGGGGGCCUGCUCGAAACAAGAGAAGAAACUGAUGAGCUGUACACGUCUCAUCAGCAUGACUUGAGUGCAUUUCUCUCUAUGAGCUCUAACAGUAAAGGGCUUCUGACAGGAACGACAAAGGCUGUCGGUUCCCUGGGGGCCGCCAGCAAAACGGUGACACCGCCAGUCACAACCAGUCGCAGUGCUCAAAAGGCAUCUCAGCUCUCCGUUGGAGCAGAGGCAACAGACACAACUUCCGCUGGAGUUCCAGGAUCUCAGAGAAGCUCCAACUCUGCUAUGGUGGCGAGUGGCGAAGCAACGCAGCAGCUUCUCGAUGUCGCGGCGACUCUCAUGCACAAGGCUGUGGAGGAAACUACUGAUGUCGAAGAAAUUGCACAACAACUCUACCAAACAACUCGCGAUCUCCCCCAAGAAGCAGUCCACCAGUUACUGCUUACACUAGCGACCAGCGGAGGCCAGUCGAGCCCCCCAAGUACUUCGGGCUUAGGCAGCACACCGAAGAAACCGGAAGACAUCAGCAGCACACCGCUAAACCCAGCAGCGACUCCUUUUCUCGUCCACUAG